AUGAAACCUUUGCCCAUGUGGCAAGAGGCUGAAGACAAAGUGUAUAGGCUAAGAAAGGCCCUCUGUGGUCUAAAACAGGCACCAAUGGCCUGGUAUAGUGAAAUUGACACAUACUUAAUUCACUGUGGCUUUUAUAGAAGCUCAAGUGAAGCAACUUUAUAUAUGAAGAACAAGGAAGGUGUUGGUAUUUUGAUUGUGUCAAUCUAUGUUGAUGACAUAGUGUACACAGGAAGUAGUGCAGAAAUGAUGGAAGAGUUCAAGGCUGAGAUGAUGUGCAAAUAUGAGAUGUUAGAUUUGGGUUUACUCCAUCAUUUUCUCGGAAUAGGGGUACCUCAAACUGAAGGGAGUAUAUUUAUACACCAAAGAAAAUAUGUUCUAACUCUCUUGGACAAAUUUGGGCUCAAAGACUGCAAGCCAGUAAGCACUCUAUUGGUUGCCACUGAUAAACUGAAAAGAGAGGAUGAAAGUGAUCCUGCAGAUGAGACAACUAGACCAAACAUUAUGUUUUCUGCUAGUUUGCUUGCACGUGACUACAGUGGAUCUGAGGAGGACAUGAAAAACACCUUAGGGUAUGCUUUUUCAUUUGGAAGUGGUGCAUUUUCAUGGGCUUCAAUUAAGCAGCACAAUGUAGCACUUUCAACUGCAGAAGCAGAGUAUGUUAGUGCAGCUGAAGCAACCUCUCAGGCCAUUUGGCUUAGGUUUGUGCUCAAGGACUUUGGAGAAGAGCAAGCUGCUGCAACUACUCUAUUAUGUGACAACACUUCAGCUAUAGCCAUGUCUAAGAAUCCGGUGUUUCACCAAAGAACCAAGCACAUUGACAGGAAGUUUCACUUCGUUAGAGAUACAAUUCAAGAAGGUGUGAUUGAUUUGGUCUACUGCAAAGGUGAAGAACAAAUUGCUGAUAUUUCACCAAGGCUCUUCCCAAUGACAGAUUCAACUAUUUGA